CAGGCACAAGUUGAACAUAACACUUAUGGAAAGGCGAGGUGUGCACAACUGGCACUGACUGGAGUACACACCGCCUGGAAUGACAGUGGCGGAGUGAGUGGAUGGAUGGCAGUGACUGUUGCGCGUCGCUCCGUUAUGAAUAUCAACAUGAUUUUACGCACCAAGUCUGAGGAGUUGUCCUUCAACUCUAUUUCACACAACAUUUAAAAGACAAACUCUGGUGAUGUCUGAGAAGUCAAGUGUUUCAAGUGUGGCUUUUUUUGGAGACUCCUGGGAUUUUGCGGUUUGAAUUGUCCUGAAUGAUCUGGAUUCAUUUCAUCACCCCACAGGACAAGACAAAAGCAACUUGUUGCUUUCUUAAACCUUCCCGGAUAUAUACAGCGUCAUAGCAAGUUAUUAUGGAUGCGCACUGAAUGCGCACAAGAACAUGUAACGGGGUAUGAUUUAAAAAACAUAGCUAUAAUUCACUUGCCAUCUCAAGCAAGCUGUAUGUAUGUUAAACAAUUAAAAAGUGCAGUGUUAAAACUGAUUUGCUCUUCAGCGGAUUAUGGUGCCAUGGUGGCAGAAGUUAAAAUGAGGGCUUUUGGCGAGCAGUUGGUGCGCUCAGAAUGGCCCGGGAGGAUUCGGUGAAGUGUCUGCGCUGUCUGCUCUACGCGCUCAACUUUCUCUUUUGGCUUAUGGCCCUGUGUGUGCUAGGAGUGGCCGCCUGCCUCAGGGAUCACCUGAACAAUGUGCUUACCUUAACUGCCGACACCAGACUGGAGGAGGCAGCCAUUCUCACAUACUCCCCUGUUGUCCAUCCAGUCGUCAUUGCUGUGUGCUGUUUUCUAAUCAUCGUGGCCAUGGUAGGCUACUGCGGAACACUCAAGUGCAAUCUUCUACUACUGUGCUGGUAUUUUGGCAGUCUGAUGGUGAUAUUCUGCGUGGAGCUGGCCAGCGGAGUAUGGACAUAUGACGAGCCUAUGGUACAGAGGUCUGAUAUGAUCAGUCUAAAGUCACGUAUGCCUCAUUUUGGCCUUCAACGCUACCAGUGGCUCACACAUGCAUGGAACUCCAUACAAACUGAGUUAAAGUGUUGUGGAGUGAUCUACUUUACUGAUUGGCUGGAGAUUACUGAGAUGGAGUGGCCACCUGACUCCUGCUGCUCUAAUCAGUAUCCAGGGUGUGCCCGCCAUGCCCACUACCAUGACCUCAGUGACCUUCAUCAAGAGGGUUGUGGUCCUAAGAUCUACAGUUUUAUCCGGGGCACCAAGAAGUUACAAGUUUUGAGGUUCCUGGGUGUGUCAAUUGGAGUAGCCCAGAUUUUAGCCAUGACAUUGACUGUCACACUCCUAUGGGCUCUUUAUUAUGACCAUCGACCACCCGACCCAGCAUCCCCGGACACCCUAACCCAUACGCACAGCCCUGCUGAAGACUCCCUGAAGCCCAGCCACUCACAUUCACGAGUGCCUGAGGCAUGGGCCAACACGCCCCCUAACGGACACACUCAGUUUGAGAUGGAACAGCUUUCCUAGCAGCCAAUCAGACCAGAGCCGUCUCCAUGACAACCAAUCGAUUACCACCAUGACACUGUGGAGACACUAAAAAUGAUGUUCUUGCUCUGCUGGCACUGAUUGGAUCAGACAGUGGUGAGCUGGACCAGAAAAGUGGACCUUACGGAAUAUGAAGUAGAAUGUCAAGAUUGGUUGUGCAUUGGGCAAAGGUGUGAAUUAAAGCUAAGCGUAUUGAUUUUGAAAACUACCUGUAUCUAAAACUACCUGUGAAAGAUGGAGCUAUUUUUUGUAGUCCGUUGGAUCUUUUUCAAGCCGUUGGAUCUCACUCUGUGGACUAAAAGAGGGGUUCUGGAAUAAACUUUGAAGAUAAAAAAAAGAAAGGGUUUUCUUUAAACCUUUCUUCUUUUAACAGAAUGGACAGUCACUGCUAACACAGACCUAGCUGUAAACCACUAACACAAACAACAAGCUAGGUAAUUUUUUUUUUCCACUCACCCAGACAUAUGUAGUCACACUUACGCACAAGCUUAAGUCUUAAUGAAAAUUUUCAGAUGGAAUGAAAGACAUUGAUACUGAAGGUACUGGGAUACAUUGUGGAUUUUCAUGUCUUAAUUUAACAGCACAGUUAUAUAUUAUAUGGACUGUUGCAAGUGUGUUUUAGAACCAGAGUAGUAUUAAUUUUUAAUACAAUAAUAGUCCACACAUACUGUUGGUUACAAGAGAGGGCUGAACUCUUCAAGGCACUGUGUUUAGUGUUUGAGAAACCUGUGUUUUGUCUUGCAUGUGAAUCACAGUGCAUGAAACAUGAAGUGUUUAGAUUUCAGUCAAAUACUUUGACAUCUCAGCUUCUUUCACAUAAAUAUCUGUUUGGCUGUAACCAAGAGUUAAAGUUCUUUUUGCCAUAUACUGCACAGUCUGGCAUAUUUUAGUAACAUAUCUGACACAUAAUACAUUCAUUUCAUGCCAAGCAGUAACCAUAAGUCCAUAACCCUGCAAUUUCAAACAGAUGAAGCAUGUUACGGAGCCUGGUUUCCUACCAAGCGGAUUCUUCCGCUGAAGCAAGCUGAUUUUCUGCCCAGCAAUCUGUUUAUUUGUGUGAGCAUUCCAGGUGUCACGCUUAAGAGCUACUGGGUGGAAACAUGGAGGGAAUCUUUGGCCCUGCUCUGGACUUGAUGGGCGACAUCCUUGGCUGAGGGAGGGAAGCGCAGGGAUUAAGGUCUGGCCUGCUUCAUGAAUUUAAACAGAUGUAAAGCUAUGGAUAAAACACCUCAAUUGCUUACUACAAACACUGAAUACUGCGAAGUAUACACUGCAUACUUCCUACAAUUUAAAAAAAAAAUAUGUCAAAUAAUGCAUAUUAUGCAGCAAUAAAAUUCAAAUAUGUAGUAUGCUACAUUGCUUACUACAUAUAUGGCUUAUUGCAUACUGUGCGGUAUGCACUGCAUACUUCCUACUAUUUAAAAAAAUACUAUGUCAAAUAAUACGCAUGCAGAGAUAAAAUUAAUGUGUAGUAUCCUACAUUGCUUACCACAUACACUGCUUACUGCAUACUGUGCAGUAUAAACUCCAUACCUUCCUUUUUUUUUUUUAAAUAAAAUAGUGUGUGAAGUAGUACAUAUGCGGAAAUAAAAUUCAAAUAUGAAGUAUGCUACAUUGCUCACUACAUACAUGGCUUAAUGUAUACUGUGCAGUAUACACUGUAUACUUCCUACUAUUUAAAAAAUAUUGUAUGUGAAAAUACACAUUAAGCAGUGAUAAAAUUUAAAUAUGUAGUCUGAUACAUUCCUUAUUAAAAUACAACGCUUGAGGCAUACUGUGCAGUAAAAACGGCAUACUUCCUACUAUUUUUAAAACAUAGUAUGGUAAGUAGUAUUCAUUAUUAUGCACUAAAAUUCAAAUAUGUAGUAUGCUGCAUUGCUUACUACAAACACUGUUCACUGCAUACCGUGCAGUAUACAUGGCAUACUUCUUCCUAUUUAAAAGAAAAUAGUAUGUGAAAGUACAUAUUGAGCAGUGAUAAAAUGCAAAUAAGUAGUAUGCUACAUACACUGCUUAUGGCAUACUGUGCAGUAAAAACUGCAUACUUCCUACUAAUUUUAAAAACUAGAUGUGAAAUAGUAUGCAUUAUGCAGAGAUCAUAUUCAAAUAUGUAGUAUGCUACAUUGCUAACUACAUACACUGCUUAAUGCAUACUGUGCGGUAUACACUGCAUACUUUUUUACUAUUUUUUAAACAUAGUAUGUGAAAGUAGUACACAUUAAGCAGUGAUAAAUUUCAAAUAUUUAGUAUGCUACACUGCUUAAUACAUACACUGCUUAGGGCAUACUGUGCAGUAAAAACAGCAUACUUCCUACUAAUUUUAAAAAAUAGAUGUGAAAUAGUAUGCAUUAUGCAGAGAUCAUAUUCAAAUAUGUAGUAUGCAACAUUGCUUACUACAUACACUGCUUAAUGCAUACUGUUGCAGUAUACACUGCAUAGUUCCUACUUUCUCAAAAUAGUAUGUAAACAGCACACAUUAUGCAGCAAUAAAAUUCAAAUAUGAAGUAUGCUACAUUGCUUAUUACAUACACUGCUUACAAAUAGCAAGGGAAAUAAAAUGCAUUGCAGCAAUAAACUUUUCAAGCAGUAGUAUACAUUAUUGUCACAUGAUCUCAAUGUUUGUUACAUUGUCACAUGACAAUGGCAUCCAGUUAUUAUCUUGAAAAUAAAAGUGAUUAUUUUGUAUUUUUAUCCCAUUUUGUUUAAAAAUGUCUUGAAGUCAACAUUUUGGCAAAGGAAGUUGGUAAUCUGAAUAUUACAUUCAUACAGAAAAUUCACAGUUUGCGCACAGCACUCUAUACAUACUGCAUACUACAGAAAUAGUAUGAAUUGUAUGCAAAUAUGCUAUAGCAGCUUAGGGAGAGCUAGAAAUUCUCCUGUAAGCUUCCUCUCUCCCCCAAAGCUCACUGAUGAUUUAUGAAAGAGAGGAGCACACAAGAUCGCCAUCAUACUAGCCUACAAAAGACAUACUGUUUCCUCUCAUUGCUAAAAAACCCCCACUCACUAUUCAUCUCCUUUGAGAGACAGAGAGAGAGAGAGAGAAAGAGACAGACUGUAGAGCUGGCCUUAUGGCUGUUUCCCUUUCCUGUUGAGAAGACCAGAAUUGCGGAUUUUUGAGUGCUCGUUCCCAGCAUGGGAUGCUGGUGUGCUGGCGCCCCAUGACAUGUGUUGUGAUCCUGUGGAAAUUCUUAUACUCUAAAAUUACAUUGUUACUCCAAUGACAUUAGGUUUAGGAUGUAUGGUUAAUAAUCUAUGUAUUUCUGUUGACUGUAUUACAUUAUUUACCACUAAAAACAACUUACUUUUGGUGCCACUUUGUGGACAUUUCCCCCAGAAACUGGAGCUCACAAAUGCCCAUACGUUCAACAACACUUCCAGCUUCAGUCAAUGGGGGUAUUGGUUUGAAUUUCAGGAAGCACAGACCGAUUUCAGCUGAAGAACUUUAGAGCAAAAGUUCACAGUAAGAUCAGUCUGGUGAAAGCACACUUUACAAAUGUUUUUUCAGCCAAGAAAGCAAUCGAGAUGACUUUGUGUCUUACGCCAUUUGUCGAAAAAAAAAAGAAAAAGAAAAAGAAAGAAAAGAAAAAAGAAAAACAAAAAAGCGCCAGUUCUAUCAUCCCAUCUAAAAGUUAUGUAAAGGUUAGUAACAGUCAUUGAUAAAAUAAUGUUAAGGGAACAUAAUUUAUAAUGUAAAUCAUACACAGUGGCAUAGUGGGCUAAAGCACAUAACUGGUAAUCAGAAGGUUGCCAGUUCGAUCACCACAGCCACCACCAUUGUGUCCUUGAGCAAGGCACUUAUCUCCAGGUUGCUCCAGGGGGAUUGUCCCUGUAAUAAGUGCACUGUAAGUCGCUUUGGAUAAAAGCGUCUGCCAAAUGUAAAUGUAAACUAGAUUUCUUUAAAAAAUAAAAAAUAGUGAGAGUGAAAACUGGUAAAGAAGUUUGA